UGUAGAUUUGGCAAGAAAACCGUGCUUAUGGUAACCCAUCCUACGGCCCCGACCGCGCCCCCCUUUCUUCCCCAUUCUCUUUAUAUCCAUGCCACAUUUUAAUGGAAAGUCUAGUUAUCUAUUUCCUUGCUCUGCAACCAAUCAAGCAUCUCAGCAAAUCUAGAAAUUCUGGCUCUCUGAAAGUAACCCCAAAAGCCCCAAAUAUUCCAAUCAUUUUCUCGACAUUUGAGCACGAACUUGAAGGAAAUUUUGAAAUCUAUUGCAGCUCAUCCAGGGCUGGGCAUGGGUCAGCCCUAGAAUUAGCUACACAGAGUGGAAGUGGAGAAUUUUCAGUAGUGAAGGUCUUGUGCUCAUAUGGACAUGGCUGUACAGAUGGAUUGAGCAAGCAGAAGUUGCAGAGAUGGAGGGGAAUCUGUCGUGGUUCGGUAGUGACCGGCGUCGUGGAUCAUGUGGCCACCAUAAAUCAAAUGGCCAAAAUCGAAUUUUGCUCAUGGUAAGUAUUUGAAUAAGGAAACUCCUAUGGAUGUGGAGAUGUAGAGUUCAUAUGUAUGGGAAUGAAGACUCGGUGAAACUUGGGCUUUUGGAUGCUUGAAUAUGGUACUCAGCAUGUUGGAUGAAUAGUUGAUUACAAAACAAAUGUUCAGUUGAUUAUAAAACAAAUGUUCAAGUGUUUGGAAAGUUACUUGUAUAAGAUACAGAUUCCUUGUGUUAUUGUGUAUCUUGGGGAUUUGGUAUUUACUUUUUAA